UCAAUUCAAUCUCCCAUGGCUGCUGCAAAGAUAAACCCACUUAUCCUGUCAGCUCUCUUUUUGUUCUCAAUAAUUCUCAGCUUUCCUGCAACAACAAUAUCAGAUAAUCCCUGUGCAUACCCAUGUUAUCCUCCACCUACAGGCACCGGGAGCACUUCUACUCCAACAACAACAACUCCGACAACCACAACUCCAUCUCCUCCGUCGUCCCAAACCGGGUCAUACCCGCCUCCGGCCGUCGUCAACAACCCAAAUGGAAAUUACCCGUACAACCCUCCUCCGUCUACUGAUAACGGUGGUUAUGGAUAUGGUGCUAAUCCUCCUCCUGACCCCAUCUUACCUUAUUUUCCAUUCUACUUCAAAAACGGUGCUCGUGGAAACAAAGACGCUUCGUCGGCAACCUCUGUAAUCAGAAGAUCGUCAACGCUCUUCAACACUAUCGCCACCACCAAUCUUUUCGUUGUAUUCGUCUACUUUUUUAACUUUCUGCAAAAUUAGUUAAAAAGCCUUCUUGUUUUAAUGAAUUAAUUAGUUUAGUAACAAUUAUCUCUCGUUGGAAUGAUCAAACAUCAUGUUUUGUUUAAUGAAAUUAAUCAUGUUAAGUA